CUUGACACCGUGUAAACAUGGCGAGCCUGGUAGAUGUCGGCUGGAAACUCCUGGAAUUCAGAGCCCGAUCAAAAAGAUCAGAUUUGUGAUUUAGCUGAGAGAGACGAUUGGCCUUAAUUUCACCUUUUGAGAAUGGCCGCCUCAGUGGCCGCGAGUGCCCGGCCUCACCAGAAAACACACAGACUUGGUUCCAUCUAUGAACCUCUCAAGCUGUCCAGUCUCCAGCGUGAGGACGAGCCCCUAUGGGAGAAGCUGGACCGCUAUUACAAUGCCGUCAAGGCGACCAUUCUGAACUACCAGAGUCCGACCACCGGCCUGUUCCCGGUCAAAACAUGCUCCACCUGCAAGGAGGCCAAGGUCCGGGACUCCCUGUACUGUGCUGCCAGUGCCUGGGCCUUGUCCAUGGCCUACCGACGCAUCGACGACGAUAUGGGGCGGACCCAUGAGUUGGAGCAUUCCGCCAUCAAGUGCAUGAGAGGGAUCCUCUACUGCUACAUGAGGCAGGCUGAUAAGGUGGAGCAGUUCAAACAGGAUCCCAGCCCCUCCAAGUGUCUGCACUCGGUGUUCCACGUCGUCACCGGGGACGAGGUGCACUCCUACAGCGACUACCACCACCUGCAGAUCGAUGCCGUUUCCCUGUUCCUGCUGUACCUGGUGGAGAUGAUCUGCUCCGGUCUGCAAAUCAUUUACAACACCGAUGAGGUCUCCUUCAUCCAGAACUUGGUGUUCUGCGUGGAAAGAGCCUACAGGGUGCCCGACUACGGCAUGUGGGAGAGAGGCAGCAAAUACAACAACGGCAGCACCGAGCUGCAUUCCAGCUCGGUGGGCUUGGCCAAAGCUGCUCUGGAGGCCAUCAAUGGAUUCAACCUGUUUGGAAACCAGGGCUGCUCGUGGUCGGUGAUAUUUGUGGAUCUGGACGCCCACAACAGGAACCGGCAAACCCUGUCCUCCUUGCUGCCCCGAGAGUCUCGCUCACAUAACACCGAUGCAGCCUUGCUUCCCACCAUCAGCUAUCCUGCCUUUGCAGUCGAUGACGACGCCCUCUACAGUCAGACACUGGACAAGAUCGUCCGCAAGCUGCGGGGCAAAUACGGCUUCAAGCGCUUCCUCCGCGAUGGCUACCGCACCGCCAACGAAGACAAGGAACGCCGCUUCUACAAACCCGCUGAGAUGAAGCUUUUUGAUGGGAUCGAGUGCGAAUUUCCCAUAUUUUUCAUCUACAUGAUGAUUGACGGGGUGUUCAGAGGAAAUAGUGCUCAGGUCAAAGAAUACCAAGACCUCCUUGAACCCAUCAUCUUCCAGUCUUAUGAGGGCCAUGCUGUGAUCCCGAAAUACUACUACGUACCGGCUGACUUUGUGGAGGCGGAGCAGAACAAGCACGGGAGCCAGAAGCGUUUCCCUAGCAACUCUGGCCGUGAUGGGAUGGUCUUCCUGUGCGGUCAGGCCCUUUACAACAUCGCUAAGCUGCUGGUGGAUGAGCUGAUCAGCCCUAAAGACAUUGAUCCCAUCCACCGCUACGUUCCCCACCAGGACCAGCGCAACGUCAGCAUGCGAUACUCCAAUCAGGGUCCCAUAGAGAACGACGUGGUGAUUCACGUGGCCCUGGUAGCAGAGAGCCAGAGACUCCAGGUGUUUUUGAACACCUAUGGCAUUCAGACCCAGACGCCCCAGCAGGUGGAGCCCAUCCAGAUCUGGCCUCAGAAGGAGCUGGUCAAGGCAUACCGGUUCCUAGCCGUCAAUAAAAAGCUGGGGUUGAGUGGGCGUCCAGAGAGGCCGGUGGGCUGCAUCGGGACCUGCAAGAUUUAUCGGAUCCUGGGCAAGACGGUGGUGUGCUAUCCAAUAGUGUUUGAUCUAAGUGACUUCUACUUGUCCCAGGACGUCAUGCUGCUGAUUGAUGACAUUAAGAACACCCUGCAGUUCAUCAAACAGUGCUGGAAGAUGCAGGGACGUCCACUCUUCCUGGUUCUCAUCCGCGAGGAUAACAUCAAGGGGAGCCGCUUCAACCCAGUCCUGGACAUGCUGGCCUCGUUCAAAAAGGGCAACAUCGGAGGGGUCAAAGUUCAUGUCGACAGACUACAGACCCUGAUAUCUGGAGCGGUGGUGGAGCAGUUGGACUUCCUGCGUGUCAAUGAGGCAGAGAUCCCAGAGUUUAAGAGCUUUGAGGAGCUGGAGCUGCCUAAGCACUCCAAGGUGAAGAGACAGAUGAGCACACCCAACGCCUCCGAGCUGGAGCAGCAGCCAGAGAUCACCGUGGAGGAGUGGCUGCAGAAGCCCACCCAUGAGAUCAUCCAGAAGUUCCACGACUGCAACUGCUUGGCCAGUCAGGCUCAGCUUGCAGUCAUCCUUCUGAGGAGAGAAGGACCAGACUUCCUUGCAAAAGAUGAGAACCUGAUGGAUGAACUGGAGAGAAUCUACAGAAGAGCCGGCAGCAGAAAGCUUUGGUCUGUUGUCCGUCUUGCUGCCAGUCUCUUAACUAAGCUGGUGGACAGCCUUGCGCCCAGUAUUACUAGUGUGUUAGUGCAUGGCAAGCAGGUGACCCUCGGCCUAUUCGGGCAAGAGGAAGAGGUGAUCUCCAACCCACUGUCGCCGGGGGUGAUCCAGGGCAUCAUCUACAGCAGGUGCUCCCCUCAGGGUGGGGAGCGGGAGGCCGUGCUGCAGCAGGAGCUGGUCAUUCACAUCGGAUGGAUUAUCUCCAACAACCCAGAGCUGUUCAGCGGCAUGCUCAAGAUCAGAGUCGGAUGGAUUGUCCAGGCCAUGAAACAUGAGCUGAAGAUCAGGGCGGGAGACAUGCCAGCCCAGGACAUCUACCAGCUCUCCCCCAGCGACAUCAAGCAGCUCCUGCUGGACGUCCUGCAGCCACAACACACCGGCAGGUCGUGGCUGAACAGGCGUCAGAUCGAUGGCUCUCUGAACAGGACCCCUCUGGGCUUUUACGAUCGUGUGUGGCAGAUCCUGGAGAGGACCCCGAACGGUUUUACGGUGGCUGGGACUCACCUCCCACAGCAACCGACACUGUCUGACAUGACCAUGUAUGAGAUGAACUUCUCCCUGCUGGUGGAGGACACGCUGAAGAACAUCGUCCUGCCCGAGUACAGACAAAUCAUCGUGGAGUUGCUGAUGGUGGUGUCCAUCGUGCUGGAGAGAAACCCGGAGCUGGAGUUCAGCGACAGGGUGGAUCUGGACGGUCUGGUGAAGGAAGCCUUCAGCGACUUCCAGAAGGAUCAAGGACACCUCGAAGGCAUCGAGAAACCGAAUGACAUGGAGGCCUUUUACAACACACCUGCGGUGGAAAAGCGAGGCACCUCCAGCUACCUGACCAAGGCAGUCAUGAUCCUGCUGCUGCGAGGGGACUUCAAGCCCUGCAAGGACGACCCGUGCUCCGUUAGCUAGAUUUACAAUGCUUUCAAGCCCAGCCUGCUGCAGUGUAGUCACGGCAAGGGCUUCUGAGUCUCCAUCACAUGUAUUCAGCUGAUGACCCCUGACCUCUCCAAUCCCCCCUUUGGCAGUCCGCUCUUGCAUGCUACAUUUCUCCUGGACUUUUGCCUCCAGCUGGUAUUGCUCCACAGCAAUACUAGCUGUAAGCAGAAGCCUCUAUUGGCAUAGAUUAGCACGCCUGCGGUUUGCUCCACUGGGUCACACACACCCACCAGUCCAGGUUAUGCUACUAAUGUUGAUAAUUGGGGCAAAUACUCACAAUAUCACCAGGAUCUUGUUUCUUUUAUCACGGUACUGUGUGAAAAUGUAUUUGAAUUUGUUUCAGUUAUUUAUUAUAUACCAUUGGUGGCUGGUCAUGUCAAACGCCACAACGCCAGCUAGUGUUGCCACAUAGCAUAAGCUGUCCUCUUAUCCUGCCGGAGGUUAGUAUGUCUGCACUUUGUUUCAAGGUCCUAGCAUACUAUACUCCACCAGGCGUGAUCACUGGCACCUAGACGUUUGCUUAACCUUCAUACUGCUUUAUGUUGCCAGAACCCAGCUGUUUUGUGUAUCCUAAUUCAGAUUUUUAUAGUGUUUGAAAUUACCAUAGGGGGCAAGCUAUUUGUGUCAAAAAGGCACAUAGACACCUUUCUACCACUAUCUGGCCCUUUCUCCAAUAAUAAGUAUUUUCCACCAAAAAAACAUCAAAAUAAAAACAAAUUGAAGGAAUUAUCCUAUCGUAGCUUAGCAUAACAACCGAAUGGGGGAGCUUCAUACUAACGGGACAUGAGAGUGGCAUCAACCUUCUCAUCUAACUUUGCUUUGUUUUGCUUAGAAAUUACAUUUGAAAUGUUUUGUAUUUUUGUUAUUAUCUAUUUAAUUCCACAAUUAACCAUGAGCUCCGAUGUAAGCUAUAACUCACCAGCAAUAACUUGUAGCUGUUACAUAGCAGUUAGACAGUACACGGUCAUGUUGUAUACUGAGAGGUGUGGUUCACAAAAGAAUGCUUUUGGCUAUCACCAGAUAUGACAAAGAGGAUAAGUCUGCCAUUGUUUCAUACAGUCUAUCAAUGUAUCAAUCCUCAAUGCUCUGUGUUCAGAGCUAUCGGUAUAUAUAUAUAUAUACUGUAUAUGAAUCCUCAUCUGAUUACCCUAACCCUUUGGUAUUAUAAGGUUUGAGAACCAUAGAGAUAUUUGGAUUUCAUAGUGAAUUGCUCAGUAUAUUAAGUCUGUUUGCUCGACUAUGUUGAUGCAUGCACAGUCUGCCGCAUGACGAUAGGUACUGUUUGCCAUAAUCAUUGUGACAGUUUUUCUGAACGUUAUAGUUUAUUUUGCCCAAUAGAGAGCACAAACUGGUGGGAAGAGAAGGCAAAUAACUGUGUGUGUGUGUGUGUGUGUGUGUGUGUGUGUGUGUGUGUGUGUGUGUGUGUGUGUGUGUGUGUGUGUGUGUGUGUGUGUGUGUGUGUGUGUGUGUGUGUGUGUGUGUGUGUGUGUGUGUGUGUGUGUGUGUGUGUGUGUGUGUGUGUGUGUGUGUGUUUUUAAUUCAAUACUGUAGUUUCAAAGAAUAAAGUGAUCCUGGAAAUUAUA